AUGCCAUCAUUCCGCUGCUCAAAGUUUCGUCACGUUUAUGGAAAGCCGGCCACCAGGGAGCACAGCUACGACGGUGUGCCAAUCACACACAGCGUCCAUGACAACCACUACUGCGCCGUCAACCCUUGCUUCAUCGCCGUGGUGACCGAGUGUGCAGGUGGGGGCUCAUUCGUGGUCCUCCCCAUCCAUCAUACCGGCAGGAUGGAUCCUCAGCACCCGAGGGUGUGUGGUCACAAGGGCAGGGUACUGGAUGUGAAGUGGAACCCAUUUGAUGACUACUGCAUCGCCUCAUGUUCAGAGGACUUCACGGUAAAAAUCUGGGACAUACCAGUGUGUGGUGUUCAGCAGAACCUCAGCCAGGCCAGGAAGACCCUCAUUGGUCACUCCAGAAGAGUGGGACUCAUUGAGUGGCACCCCACUGCCGAGAACCUUCUGCUCAGCUCGGCCUAUGACUACAAGGUGCUUCUGUGGGAUGUGUCCCAAGAGGGAUUGGUCCUCAGAUAUCCAGUCCGGGUGGUGAUGAAGCCUUUACUUUAUCGCUACCCCUCGGAGGCACUGCUGCUCUCCAUCAGCUUCAAUGAGGAUGGUAGUCGAAUGGCGGUUACAUCAAGGGACAGACGGGUUCGAGUACUGGACCCACGCACUGGAAGGAUACUGCAGGUUUCCAGUAACAGGACUCACAGGGCUUUAAGGGUUGUAUAUAUCGGUGGACUGAAGAUGCUGUUGUCCACCGGCAGAUCUUCCUGGAACCAAAGACAGAUCAUCCUCUGGGACCCAGACGAUCUAUCAGAGCCUCUGUAUGAGGAAGACUUGGAGGGCUCUGGUGGCGUUCUCUUCCCCUUCUUCGAUCAAGACACAAACCUGCUUUACCUGGCUGGAAAGGGUGAUGGGACCAUCAGAUGCUAUGAGCUGAGUGCUGAGAAACCUUACAUGAAUUUCCUGACUGAGUACAAGUCUCUGCUGCCACAGAAAGCAUUAGGUGUGAUGCCAAAGCGUGGACUGGAUGUGAACGCUUGUGAGGUUUUCCGAUUUUACCGUCUGAUUGCCAUCAAAGACUUUGUUCAACCACUGUCCAUGAUCGUGCCACGUAAAAAGUCCGGGACUUUCCACGAGGAUCUGUAUCCCAUGACGACAGGAAACAUGGCCGCCUUGACUGCUCAGGAUUGGUUGUCAGGAAUCAACCGAAGUCCAGUUCUGAUGUCCUUACAGCCUGGCACACAGGUAGACAAUCCUUAUCCAGAAACCCCGGCAGAGAAAGGACUUACAAGACAUCAGAGCUGGUACCACACAAACCCAACCAUCGGGGUGGUGACACCAUCAACGCUGGUCUAUUUGGAAGAGGCCUUCCAUGCGGAGCAACUGGCCUACCAGGAUGCCAAAUACCCACGAGUGGUGAGCGACCUCUCGGGGUGGCAACCUGAUGAGACUGAGCUCCAAUUGUGGACGUACUGCUGCACUCCACACUGCAGCGAACCUUUCGAGAGACCUCCGCCUUCCACCGAACAUGAGCUUCUCCAAGCAUAUUACAGACAACAGGACGAGAUCAGGAGUUUGACAGAGCAGCUGAACAAGAAAGACGUGAAAAUUGCAUGGCUUGAAGAGCAGAUCAAGAACACCAAAACAUGUUGA